UGAGGCUAUGCACCGGGGUUCGAAUCCCCAAGCCGACGUGGAGGAACAAUAAAAAGUUAAACACGCUUCACAGUUAAUAAACGAAAGAGAAAAAAUUCUGAAUCGAGUAUUUUGGUGUGGAGUCGAGCCAAGGAGAAGAGAAACAGAUGAGGGAGGAUAAUGAUAUGACCGGAAAAGGUGACAGUUGCUGCAUCGACGGCAACAGCAAAAGCGUAAAUCCAAUCAAAGAGGCCGGAGUAGGAACCGGAGGGACAGGCUCCGGCGAAGGUGAAGUAGAAGGCGUAUCAUCAUCGAAGAAUAAAGGAAAAUCGUGCAAAGGAUGUCUAUAUUACUCGUCUACUUUCAAAUCCAAUUCUCGCAAUCCUCUCUGUCUCGGCCUUAGCCGUUCCCUUCCUCAAGUACCUCGAUAUAUUGUUGGGGAAUCUGAGAUGGAAGCUUCUAAAGAGGGUCGGAGCCUUACGGAUUUUAGAUAUGCUUGUGUCGGUUAUUCUGUAUACUUGGAUCAGAAAUCUAGAUCAACUGAUGCUCAAGACACACAAACAGAAUUGCCAGUCUGUGUUGGACUUGAGGUUUUGGUGGAUAAAAGACCCACUUCAGCUGAUGCAGCUCCUGCUCCUGCUCGUGCCCAAAAGAAAGAAGAUGGACAUGGAGUUCCACAACCUCGAUCACAUAAACCAACUCAUGCAGCUGGUGAUGAGUUCCUUACCAGGUUUACCAGGAACGCUAACUUGGUUGCAAUGGGAGUAGCCAAGAACUUGCGGAAAGUGGGAAACCGUAUAAAAGAAAGUGUUGAUGACAUCUUCUAUCGGCGGCCAAAGUAGGAUUAUUCUAAUCCUGAAAUAGAAGAAAUGGAUUGAAGAGCAUUGAGCUGAAAACUGCUCCACCAAAUAAUGUUUACCGUUUGCUUCAUUCGCCUUGGAAUAGGGGAAACUUGUAAUAUGUCUUAUGAGAUUUAUUUUGGUGUUUCUACUAUUGAUUUUUCAUUUAAGGAAUGCUCUUAUUCCAACAAUAUCAAAGUAAGAAUCUUUUAUUUCUAGUUA